AAUAAUCACGCUGCUCCAAACUCCGUGCAAAAUUCGACUCUUCAAGUUUUAACACAAUUUCUUCACAAAUGUUAAAAUUCACUUUGCGUAAACUAAGGCAUUUCUGGAAAUUUAACGUAGUGAAAGUGGAGUGAAAGUUAAUUUUUCCGUUGUUCUUGAUUGGCAUUUAUUUGCAGUGGAAGAAUAAUUGAAGUAUUUAAAAUUCAUUUUUGUUGGCUCAGUGAAAGUUUUUAGCGAUUGAUAAAUUUUAUGUAAUAUUUGUGCUGUUUGUGAAGUUAUUUCUGCAUUAUAUCCAAUUACUCAUGCUCAUUUAUUGUGUUUGUCAGAAAACAAGACAUUAAAUGAGACCAACGACUCGUGUAUUUUAACAAUUUGAGGGAAAAUUGUGAAACUAAAUUACUUUGUACAAUUGCAAUUCAAGAGAAAAAAGCAAAAUUGUGAAAUCUUCAAAAAUCACACUGUAGUAACCUUACUGAAACAAUUAAUUUGUGAAAUCGAAUCUCCUCACUACCACCAGUGCAUCUGAAUUCAACAAAAAAAGGAUACUAAAAUCUCUCUUGAAGUAAAAGAAAAAUCACACAUUUUCUUUCUUGGAUUAUGAAGAAAUUCGUCUAAAAUCUGUGUUCCUUGUUAUUCAAAAGAAUUUAAUUCUCCGUGAUGAUUUCAAUCCUCUGUAGAUCUGAUAGUUUGUGAAAUAUUUUUAGUGUCGUUUGUUGUUAGUGAGUGCUUUAGUGCUUUCGUGAGUUCCACUCCGCCCCAGAGAGAAAGCAAUCGCGAUUCUACCCUGAUUUCACCAAGAACCAGAUUGUCCAAAUCAACACCAACCUUGGGCUUAUCGGAUUCAAAAAUUUACCCAAAUUGCGAAAAAUAUUUUCAAACUUCUGAUAAAAUUGUGCAGUGAAAGUGCUCCAGUGAAACUCUUUUCUCCAUAAAUCAUGCAAUCUCCCCCCAAUUUCUAACCUCCUAGCUCCUCAAACCUCCACCUCGUCACCCGUCCCUGGACGAUGCGAGCUUGGACAUGGUCGCCUUCUCCUGGGCCGUGACCUCACCACGACGGCGAGGUCACUGUAAGACUCUCGCCUCGAAAACCACCCUCGUUCCCGUCCUCCUCGUGCUCCUCACCUUCCUCUGGACCGAGUCUCACUCCGCGUCGUCAUCGUCAUCGUCGCCCAUCGUCACGACGAAAUAUGGACCUUUGAAAGGUGUCCGGUUGCAGUUCAGCUCCAGCUCGGCGCGACAUUUGGAUCCGGUCACUGCUUAUCUUGGGAUUCCGUACGCGUCUCCACCGAUAAAUGCAUACCGUUUCAUGCCGCCCGUGGCUCCCCUGCCAUGGCGGGAAACUCGGCCUGCGAUGACACCUCCGCCCGCGUGUCCGCAACGCUUCCCGGACAUUUCGAACCGGACGCGGGCGCUGGAAACGAUGACGGAACGACGCUACCUUUUUCUCUCGAAGCUUAUUCCUCAUCUUGCCAAUCAGAGUGAAGACUGUCUUUAUCUCAACUUUUACGUCCCCACAAGCCCACCAGACGAUUCCCGCCGCGAUGCCCGCUACCCGAUCGUGCUGGUGAUUCACGGAGAGAGUUGGGAGUGGGGGAGUGGCAACGAAUUUGAUGGGGCGGCCCUCGCCAGCAUCGGAAACCAUAUCGUCGUCACCUUCAAUUACAGGUUGGGACCUUUAGGUUUCUUGAAGACGAGUAACCAGCAGUCGAACUUUGGUCUGCUGGACGUGAUCGCGGCGUUGCAUUGGGUGAAGGAAAACGCGGACAGUUUUUCCGGGGACAAGAAUCGCAUCACGCUUCUCGGCUACAGGACCGGCGCCGUCGUCGCCAAUCUCCUCCUCGUCGCUCAAAUCGCCAAAGGUUUAUUCCAACGCGCCGUUCUAAUCUCGGGGUCCGUCCUGUCGCCCUGGGCGUUACAACGUCGCCCAGAAGAUGUCGCCAAACAGCUGUCCACGGCGUUCGGGUGUGUCGGCAAGUUGCCCUUGUCGCACCCAGAGUCCGAUUUGGCGCCCUGCUUGAGGAAGAAACAUGUCUCCGAGCUGAUCUCCUUUGUGCCUGCGUCGCCCAAAUUCCUGUCCGCCUACGCCCCUUACGUCGACAACGUGCUGCUCAAUAACCCCAAAACCUUGAUGGAAUCUGGCGGACAAUCUUCGUCAUCGUCGUCCCAACAUUUCGUCCAAGACCAAUUUUUGCGCGCGGAGCUUUUAAUUCUGUUCACGACGUCGGAGGGCGUGCACGAGCUUAACGACCACGAGCUCAGAGCCGGCUUUGAGUCGGAUCACAGAGACAAAAUUUUGAGAACGCUGGUCCGAAACGUGUUUAAUUAUCACCAACAGGAAAUUUUGUCCAUCAUUCGGAACGAAUAUACGGAUUGGGAGAGGCCGAUUUUGCACCCGAUCCCGCUUCGGGAUUCGACAGUGGAGGCGUUAAGUGAUUGUGUGGCGAUCGGGCCAUGCCUCCAAGUGGCAGGGAUUCAUGCGAAGAGAGGUGCGAAAACGUGGGUGAUGCAUUUUGCACAUGUUUCCAAGGAUGCGGGAGGCGUGGGGGAGGAGUCGGCGGGGUUUGAGCGUCUGGGAAGUCUGGAGGGUGACAUUGUGCCUUACGUGAUGGGACUCCCGGUGACGAACAAUAUACCCGCGCUGGGCCUCAACCAGCAUGUUUCGCCCUUCGCCGCCCUCGCAAACUUCUCCAAGCAGGACGCCUUCGUGGCUGAAAUGUUGCUUCAUUAUGUCGCCAACUUUGUGAAAAGCGGAGAUCCCAACCUCAACGAGCCCACUGCUCUGGGCUUAUCUUCCUCCUCCCAUCACAACGAUCCUGACCAUUACUCCCCCUCCGACGACUGGGUCGUUCUUGGACCAAAUUCCCACGAGCAGAGAGACCAACGGCGCCGAAUUCAGGCUCCCCAGCCGUGGGAAAGUUACGAACCCGUGGGUCAAGCUUACCUCAGUUUGGGAGCCAAGCCAAGGCUGCGGAAUCAUUACCGCGGUCAUAAAAUGGCCCUUUGGUUGAAUCUGAUUCCUCAAAUUCAUCUGCCCGGCGGGACAGACGUCACUCUCAACCAUCACGCCUUCCCCGACGAUAAUCCAAACCUUUACAUCGGUCCGGUUCGCCCAUUAUCUGCUUACUCGUUGGGUGAGCAGGGACAAAGCCCAGGUUUUGGAAUUAUGGUGGCCCAGCCGCAGCCGGGCGGACCGCAGACGGCGUCCCCAGGGGCGUCAUUGACCACCACCGAAUGCCUCGAGUCCACAGAAUCACCUCUCUCCCAGGGCACCAGGGACAGCGUCCUGCGUAUUGAUUCGAACGAGGUUGAAGUGGAAAUUCGUGGUGGGGGUGGCGAAUCGGUGGUUCCGCUUUCUUCGUCCCCCGGAAUGACGGGCACGAACGAGUACGACUUCACCACCGCGCUCACCGUCACCAUCACCGUCGGCGUCGCUCUCAUCGCGCUCAAUUUGGUGGUCUUCUCGGCCAUCAUGUGUCACCGGAAGAGGGCCAUCCCCACGAACAACGAGGGUGGCGGGGGCGGACGUGACAGUGACGAGGUGGACGAAAGUGGGAGAAGUUCUGGGGGUGGGACACCCCAAAAAGGUGGAGUCGCCCAGUAUCAGCAAGCUCAGGAGGAUUACAAGUGGUCCACGGCCUGUUGUUCGUCCUCGAACCACCACCCGAACCACCCGCAGCAGCAGCAACAUCACCCUAAUGACUUUCCAACCACUCAUUUAUCAUCCUCCUCGGUCUACAUGCCCGCCGAAUCCAUCUCAAUGUCCCAGUACCACCAGCACCACUUUCACCCGGGUAACAGCGGUGGCGGGACGUUGCCUCGGUCAUCGCACGGUCACCAGGGUCACCACCUCGCCUACGAGACUCCCACGGGCGGGGGGACGCUCAAACGGGGGACGUACCAUCACCAUGGGAACCACAUUUUGUCGAUCCCCGACUGCGUUCAGCCCGUCCCAAACGCCGUCAUUUUCGGAGAUGGCGACGACUUUCACCAAGAAAGGGGCGGAUUCGACCAUGAUUUAUCCACCAAAGGAGAAAGAGGGUCAAGUAUGAGGUUGUAUAUGAACCAAAACGCCGUCGUAAUGGGUGGCAGCAUGCUGGACAUCUCGCCCCCACCGGAAGAACCAGUCCCGCUUAUUCCGCGGACAGUCCCGCCCCCAAACGUUCGGCGUGGAUCGGGCGGAUCAACUUUGUUGGCGGGAGGAGGAGGAGGAAUUUUGUUAUCUCAGAAACUUCAAAAUCCCAUCGUGCCCUGUUCCUCGAGCCCCUCGGCGUCCGCGACGAAUACGAACACGACAAAUUCCACGUCCUCAAAUCCAUCCCCGAACAGCGGCAGUACAACUUUGGUCGGGGUUCUGAAAAGGAAUACGACGCCGAAUAAUUCAUCCACGGUUAAAAAGAGGGUUCAAAUCCAGGAGAUAUCGGUCUGACUGGGACUUUAAGGAUAAAUCUAUUCUGAGGCCCAUGAAACUGUCCCAGAAAGUGGUUCUUGGCUCGAGCUUGAAGCGUUCCUCUUUGGGACAGAAAUUGCUACAGGUCGGAUCUUGGCGUCAUACUGUCCCAAUUUUUACACGACAAGAUUUUCAUUAUUAAUUCUAUCAAAAAUGUACACUUUUAGAGGAACUGAAAUCUUCCCUGUGGGAUCUAAAAUGCAUCGUGCCUUAUGGAAAAACUAUAUUAAAUAUUAAAAAUAAAUCUAAUAGCUAGAAAUUCCUUUGUUUUAUCUAGCACAAUAAAUAAAUAAUUUAUUCA